UCGGGCUGACCGCAUAGGAAUUCUCUAGAUACAGACUUCAAUCCUAUAUAAACCAUCUUAUAGAAGCAUUUCUUUAUUAGUAUCGAGAUAGUCCUGUAAAGCAGUCUACAAUGAAGGUGCUUCUUGUCACUUUGUGUGCUUUUGUGCUGGUGUUACGAGCCAAUGGCUCUAUCAUGGAAUUCUCCCAGCUCACCAAGUCUUCCCAUAGCUCUGUAAACGACCCUAAGGUAAGGUACCUUAGUGCUUUUAAAGACUUUAACUCGUACAAGAUUCCUCACCAAGUCCUGGAUGAGUUUACAACCUACGUUGACCGACUGCAGUCCGACCAGACUGUCUUGAACCCCGGAGAGGAUAACGAAUUGACGAAGGAAAUACGAAACGAGUUGGAUCUAAUCAGGAAAGCCAUGGCGGACGAAGAAGAAGAAAAAAGAGUGAAAUCGGGUCAACAGGUGAAAGGAAUUGAUUGUGGUGAGUUCGGCUGCUGCGCUGACAAUUCCAAGGCAGACUCUAGGAAAAGGAAAGGGUGUGCUGAAAAACUGUGCGAGGACGUUUUCAAAACGACAUGUCGAUCGUUCACCCCCAAAGAGAAGGCAAUAAAAUGUCAGACCAAAACUAUCAGAGAAAAUUGCCCCUACACUUGUUCCGACGGAAGAUGUUUGCGCAAGAGUCCGGCUAGUCCUGUCAGAACAUGUCAGCAGCUUUAUCCUCCUGAUAUGUGUUGUUGGGAUGGCACCAUCGCUAGGGGACCUAAUAACUUCGGAUGUAAACCGUGCGUGGACCGUUACCCUCACGCUUGUAAAAUAUUUAGCAUGAGUUGGAAAAGCUGUAAAUCCAAUUCAUGGCGAAUGAGAAAGUUUUUUAAAGACUUCUGUCCAACUACUUGUGGACAUUGCACUUCUUAAAAAAGUUGUAUCCAAGCUGCAUGUUCUAUCAAUAGUCGUCAUGGUGAUUGGGAUCAAUGUAUUACUAAGUGUAGUAAAGUAAUAAUAAAAUUUCAAAUUGGAUCACUA